AUGGCCUCUUCUCAACCACCUUUCACCGUGCGCUUGGCGCUGAAAUCUGACGCCGCCACGAUCGCCGAGAUAGGUGUCCACGUUUUCACCAUCAGCUUUGGCCAUGCAAUCGACCCACAGUCACUUGCGACAUAUCUCAAGAAUGAAUAUUCAACCGAAGCAAUUGAGAAUGACAUCGAUGAUUUGUCUAGAACACUUCUCGUCUCAGUGGAUCAGAACGGUCAAGUUAUCGGCUUCGGUUACUUGACCCGCGGAAGUGAUGACCCUUGUCUCGCCCAUGUGAGCCAGAAAGCUGAGUUGCAACGGAUAUACGUCAAUUCUUCGGCACAAGGGAAAGGAGUUGGCAGCUUAUUGGCAAAAAGCCUUGAGAGUCUUGCGCGGGAGCAAGGGUUCACCAACUUGUGGCUCGGUGUUUGGGAGGAGAAUACAAGCGCCAUUCGUGCAUAUGAGAGGUGGGGGUAUCAAAUUGUGGGUGAACAUGAUUUCGAGAUAGGCUCAGAUACUAUUCACAGAGAUUUGAUCAUGCUGAAGAGCUUAUGA